CGAAAAACAAAUAAUUGAAAUUAAAGAUGGCAGCCCCCUGUGGUGGAAAAAAGUGCCGAAUUGGUCCUUCUAUAUUGAAUUCAGAUUUGUCUGAAUUAGCUUCAGAAUGUCAACGAAUGAUGGACAGUGGAGCAGACUACCUGCAUCUGGAUGUCAUGGACGGACAGUUCGUGCCAAAUCUCACGUUCGGUCACCCUGUCGUUAAAUGUCUUCGACCCAAGUUACCCGGGGUGUUUUUUGAUAUGCACAUGAUGGUCCAAAAGCCAGAACAGUGGAUUCAAAACAUGGCUGAUGCAGGGGCAAAUCAAUACACAUUCCAUUAUGAAGCCACAGAUGACCCUACCACAUGUAUAAGAAAAAUCAGGGAGGCAGGAAUGAAGGCAUGGGUUGGGAUAAAACCAAAAACAGCGGUCGAUGUGCUUGUUCCUCUGGUGGACCUGGUAGAUAUGGUGCUGAUCAUGACGGUAGAACCGGGCUUUGGAGGUCAAAAGUUCAUGGCAGACAUGAUGCCAAAGAUAUCAUUUUUAAGAGAGAAGUACACAGAUCUUGAUAUUGAAGUUGAUGGGGGAGUUAGUCCAUCAACCAUUCAACAUUGUGCUGAUGCUGGUGCUACCAUGAUUGUGUCAGGCAGUGCUGUGGUUAACAGUGAGAAUCCCAAAGAGACAAUAACCUAUAUGAGGGACAUUGUCAAUCAGGCCAUUCAAAAGACCCCUGCGUAGGAAGUCAACCCCAUAUCAGUGCCGUCAGUAUAUGUCAUGUAUACUCUUCCUAAGGAACAAAAGAUUUGCUGUCAGUGAGUGGAGAGAACCGAUAAAAGUAGAUCUGGACUGUCUUCUUCCCAAGCUAGACCCAUACAUAGGAGCUAGUGUUGCAUUCCUUGACCUUGACUUGCUACUCUGGAAGUGCUCAUUAUUCAAGGUCAAGUGACCUCUUGCAUAAUUAAUAUCUCUAAUUAUUUAUAUUGAAUUGUUCAUUGAUUGAAAUAUUUUAUAUAUGUGCUAGUUCUCAUUGCUAGGGCAUUAAUUGCAACUCUUGAAUGAUAAUAAGGUAUUGAAAUACUGAGUAUUUUAAUGCAAAGAUUAAUUUUUCUUAACUGUUAUGUGUUUUGAGAUUAAAUGCUUUAGUUACACAAUUUGUUAGACACUUGAAUGAAAAAGAAGUCUACUCUUCAUACUUUAUUCAUGUAAAUUCAUGUAAAUUGAACAAGACAUAUUUAUGUAAUAGUGUAAAGUUAUUAAUACAGACAUGGAUAAUUCUAUGUAAUUGAUUCAUUUUAUACAUGUACUGUACAGUAUGCAGUGUAAGUAUUAUUCAUUAACUCUAUACAUGUAUGUUUACAACUGGAAGGAUUGUUGAAAAAAAAACAUGAAAGGUUUGAAAUUUAUAAUCAUUUUUUUUCAUUGUCAUCAGAAUGAUCAGAAGAAACUUAAUGAAUACAUGUUACAAAUCCAUGUGUCAUGUGACUUUUUAAUUUGUUCCAUAGAUUUAUGGUAGGUCAAGAUUUGAAUGUUGCUUAUGUCAUCACUGCAUAUCAUCACUAUCAAACAUGAAAAGAUAAUAUUGAAAUAAUUAAAUAUGAUUGUAUCUGAAUCCUAUUUUACAUGUA